AACGACAACGUUAUUCAUUUCCAGAGAAUUGGAUAUCUGUAGAUACAAUUAAAAACUCUUGGACAUCAAUGAAUGAUGUACUUAAACAAAAAGAACGAGUUAUGGAAACAAAAUUGGAUACUAUUCAAGAAAAAGUUAAAGUUGAAGCACAAACUAUUGAUACAAAAACAAAAGAACUUUUAGAAGAUUGGUCAACUAAAAAACCGAUUGGUGGUGAUUUAAAACCUCGUGAUGCUAUUCGUCAAUUAGCUUUAUAUGAAACAAAACUUAAUGAACAAUUAGAAAAACGAACAGUGCUCAAUAAAGCUAAACAAAGUGUUAAAAUGCAAGAAUCAGGUCAAGUUGAUCAUUUUGAAAAACGUAUACGUGCUGAUCUUGCUGAACUUGAAGAAAUUCGUAAUGUUUGGAAAUCUCUUGAAAAUGUUUGUAAUCGAUUAGAAGAAUUGAAAGAUAUACAAUGGCUUACAGUACAACCAAAAAAACUCAAAACUAAUCUUGAAGAAUUACUUACUUCAAUGACAGCAAUGGUUUCAUCUGUUAAAAAUUAUCAUUCAUAUGGUGCAGUUAAAUCGAAUAUAGAAAAUUAUCUUAAAAUGAUACCUUUUAUAAAUGAAUUAAAAUCUGAAGCAUUAAAAGAUCGUCAUUGGAAAGAUAUGGUUAAAAUACUUGAUUUAACAAUGACAUGGAAUAAUAUGGCUGAUUUAACAUUAAGAGAUAUUUGGGAUCAAGUAGAUAAUUUUAAAAAGAAUGAAAAUGUAUUACGUGAUAUAAUGAUAAAUGCUCAAGGUGAAAAAGCUUUAGAAGAAUUUCUAAAACAAAUAAGUGAACAAUGGAAAGUUUAUCAAUUAGAAUUAAUUGAUUAUCAAAAGAAAUGGAAAGUUAUUAAAAGUUGGGAUGAUUUAUUUACAAAAUCAAAAGAAAAUUUAAGUAAUAUAUUAAGUAUGAAAUUAUCUCCAUAUUUUAAAGCAUUCGAAGCAGAAACACUUUCUUGGGAAGAUAAACUUAAUCGUAUUAUAAAUAUAUUUGAUAUUUGGAUUGAUGUUCAACGACGUUGGGUAUAUCUUGAAGGUAUAUUUACUUCAUCAACUGACAUAGCACAAUUAUUACCAAAUGAAUCACAAAAAUUUCAAAGUGUCGCUAAUGAAUUUGUUGGUUUAUUGAAAAAAGUUGAAAAAUCUCCAUUAGUACUUGAUGUUAUUGCAAUACCAAAUGUACAAAAAUUACUUGAACGUUUAGCUGAUUCAUUAACAAAAAUUCAAAAAGCUCUUGGACAAUAUCUUGAACGACAACGUGCAGCUUUCCCACGAUUUUAUUUUAUUGGUGAUGAAGAUUUAUUAGAAAUGAUUGGUAAUUCAAAUAAUUUAUUACGUUUACAAAAACAUUUUAAAAAAAUGUUUGCUGGUGUUAAUUCAUUAAUUAUUAAUGAGGAAGAUCCAACAAUAAUCGAAGGUGUUCAAUCUAAAGAAGGUGAAGAAGUGAAAUUUUUCAAUCAAAUAUCUAUUAAACAACAUCCAAAUAUAAAUGAUUGGUUAUCAAGAGUAGAAAAAGAAAUUAGUUUAACUUUAGCUAAAUUACUUGCACAAUCUAUUCCACAAUUAACUGCAAUACAAAAUAAUUUAACUGAUACACAAAGAUUUAUUAAUUGGCUUGAUCAAUAUCAAGCUCAAUUAGUUGUUCUUGCAUUUCAAGUCUCAUGGUCAGAGAAUAUUGAACGUUUACUUGUAUUUGGAAAGAAUGUUGAUUUACAACCAGCACUUCGACAAAUUGAAUCUACACUUGGUAUGUUAGCUGAUUUAGUUCUUGCUGAUCAACCAACUGUUCGACGACGAAAACUUGAACAUCUUAUUAUUGAACAUGUGCAUAAACGUGAUGUAACUCGAGCAUUAAUAGAUAAGAAAGUUGAUUCAGCAAGUAAUUUUGAAUGGCUUGCACAAAUGCGUUUAUAUUUUGAACCAAGUAAUCAAAAUGUUCUUGAACAACUUAAACUUCGAAUGGCUAAUGCUGAAUUUCAUUAUGGUUUUGAAUAUCUUGGUUUACAAGAUCGUCUUGUUCAAACACCAUCAACUGAUCGAUGUUUCUUAACAAUGACACAAGCUUUACAUGCUAAAUUUGGUGGAUCACCAUUUGGACCUGCUGGAACGGGAAAAACUGAAUCAGUUAAAGCACUUGGAAAUGCUCUUGGUCGUUUUGUACUUGUAUUUAAUUGUGAUGAAGCAUUUGAUUUUCAAGCUAUGGGUCGUAUAUUUGUUGGUUUAUGUCAAGUUGGUGCAUGGGGAUGUUUUGAUGAAUUUAAUCGUUUAGAAGAACGUAUGUUAUCAGCUGUAUCACAACAAAUCCAAACAAUUCAAGAGGCACUUCGUCAACAAUCAUCAGCAAAUAAAAGUACAUUAAAAAUUGAAAUUGUUGGUAAAACUAUUACAGUUAAUUCUAAUAUGGCUAUUUUUAUUACUAUGAAUCCUGGUUAUGCUGGUCGUUCGAAUCUACCUGAUAAUCUUAAAAGUCUAUUUCGUAGUUUAGCUAUGACAGUACCCGAUAAAGUUCUUAUUGCACAAGUUAUGCUUUAUUCUCAAGGUUUUCGUGAUGCAGAAAUUUUAUCCAAAAAAAAUUGUUCCUUUAUUUACAUUAUUAAGUGA